AUGCCUCUCCACCUCACAGAAAUUCUCUAUCCCCGUCGAAGACAACAGAGACGACGUCAUCGCCAGGACGAAGUAUACGUCAGCUUCCCGCCGUCGCAUGCGGAAGGUUCCACUCCAACCAAGGCUACAGCAUCCCCUUCGCAGUCGCAGGAAAUAUAUGAAACAGAUGCUGCAAGCCAGUAUUCGACUUCUGCACCUGCUAAUGCGAGUCAAGACCGUCGUCGAUCCCUCAGCCAGGGCAUCGCUAGCACUGUCCCGGGGUUGCGUCGAACCGACAGCAGCCGUCGACGAAGAGACGACAAACCUCAGAACUCUCCCAGAAGGCACGAAGACAUAAACACAGACAGAGAUUCACAUCUGGACUCACAUCCAAAUCCACCGACGGGCUACGAUAUCCAUCAAGAAACGAACCAACGACCCUCGCGAUCGGAGGAAGAGGAAAACCAAGACCAGAUCAUGCAUGUACAAGCCCCAGAAUAUACCAACAAUACCGACGAUAAAGAACCAACCUUACCCACUUACAACGACAUCAGCGGCUCCGUGGUCGUGGACCACGAUGGAACCAUCCGUUUCCUCUCCCCACAGGAGGUGGAGGAGAGGCGUGAAACCCUCCAGCGCGCCGUGCAUGAGAGGAUGAUGGGACUCCCGCGUCUAACGGAGUCACCAUGGUCGCCGGUGCAGGUGCCAGUGCAAGAUGAUAUUCCAUUGCCGAGAUAUGAGCCUUGA